CACCCGCUAGGGUUUCUCUCAGCCACCUUCAUUUCAUUUCACUUCAUUCCAGCCUCCUCUAUCUCUCUUCUGCAAAAUGGCUGAUUCCCUCGUUCUCCGCGGCACCAUGCGCGCCCACACCGACUGGGUAACCGCAAUCGCCACCCCUAUCGACAACUCUGACAUGAUUGUCACCUCCUCCCGCGACAAAUCCAUCAUCGUCUGGCGCCUCACCAAGGAAGACAAAACCUACGGCGUCGCCCAACGCCGUCUCACGGGCCAUUCCCACUUCGUCCAAGACGUCGUCCUCUCCUCCGACGGCCAGUUCGCCCUCUCCGGCUCCUGGGACGGGGAGCUCCGCCUCUGGGACCUCAAUGCCGGAACCACCGCCCGCCGCUUCGUCGGCCACACCAAAGACGUCUUAUCCGUCGCUUUCUCCAUCGACAACCGUCAGAUCGUCUCCGCCUCCCGUGACCGUUCGAUCAAGCUCUGGAACACUUUGGGAGAAUGCAAGUACACCAUCCAAGACGGUGAUGCCCAUUCCGAUUGGGUUAGCUGUGUUCGAUUUAGUCCUAAUGUCCAACAGCCCACAAUUGUCUCUGCCAGCUGGGAUAAGACGGUUAAGAUUUGGAAUUUGAGUAACUGCAAGCUCAGGUCAACCUUGGCGGGUCAUAAUGGCUAUGUGAACACGGUGGCGGUCUCCCCUGAUGGCUCCUUGUGUGCCAGCGGUGGGAAAGAUGGGAAUAUUCUGCUGUGGGAUUUGAGUGAGGGGAAGAGGUUGUAUUCCCUUGAUGCCAGUUCGAUUAUUCAUGCUUUGUGUUUUAGUCCGAAUAGGUAUUGGUUGUGUGCGGCUACUGAGGGCAGUAUUAAGAUCUGGGAUUUGGAGAGUAAGACCAUUGUUGUGGAUUUGAAGGUUGAUUUGAAACAGGAGAGUGAUAUGGCUGUUGAAGCUGCUCAGACUAAUGCUGCCAAAACUAAGGUAAUCUACUGCACAAGUCUAGCCUGGAGUGCCGAUGGAAGCACACUCUUCAGUGGAUACACUGAUGGAGUUGUACGAGUUUGGGGCAUUGGGCGCUACUAGAAUGCAAGUUAACAAAUCAGGCGAUGAAGGUAUGGUACCAAAAAGUAAUUUAGGUUUGGACUUUGUGUUUUGGGUGAUUUAAUAUGAUGAUUUAUGGGAAUUCAGUUUUGGAGACAAUUUGUUGUUUUUAUCCUGUUACAACAAAGUAAGAUUGUUGAUGCAUUUGCACCAGUGGUUUGUUUUAUUUGAUUGUUUAAAUUUUCAACUGUUAAGAUUU